AAUAUGGAAACAAAUAAAAAGAUAAUUGUAUGUUUAGUAUUAUGCUAGAAAAUGACAAAAAAGAAAAUAGAAAACAUUGUGUUUAUUCCAGAAUAAAUCCCGACAGCGCUGCUCGAGAGACCAAAAGGCCUGCAAACUAAAACCUUGUAGCAACAAAGUUCUUACUGUGAGAGCAAGAAAGCGAGACGCGUACGGCGGCGAUGGCGUCUGGAGGCGCAGGCGGCGGUGGAGGAGUGGAGUGGCACGUGAGGCCACCAAACCCCAAAAACCCAAUCGUAUUUUUCGACAUAACCAUCGGUUCCAUCCCCGCCGGCCGAAUCAAAAUGGAACUCUUCGCUGAUAUUGCCCCUAAAACCGCCGAAAAUUUCAGGCAGCUCUGUACUGGCGAAUACAGGAAAGCAGGGCUCCCUGUUGGUUACAAGGGUUGCCAAUUUCAUAGGGUCAUCAAAGAUUUUAUGAUUCAAGCUGGAGAUUUUCUAAAGGGUGAUGGUAGUGGAUGUACAUCCAUUUAUGGGCAUAAGUUUGAAGAUGAAAAUUUCAUUGCCAAACACACUGGUCCUGGUUUGCUAUCAAUGGCAAACAGUGGACCAAGCACGAAUGGUUGUCAGUUUUUUGUCACAUGUGCAAAAUGCGAGUGGCUUGAUAAUAAGCAUGUUGUAUUUGGGAGGGUGCUUGGAGAUAGUCUUCUUGUUGUUCGGAAGAUAGAGAAUGUGGCUACUGGACCCAACAACAGGCCUAAACUACCAUGCAUUAUAGCUGAGUGUGGGGAAAUGUAAAACUCGAUAUCAUUAACACAUAUGCUGAAGACUAAACCAUAAAUCUUGCUGUAACCAUUUAGAGUUAAUUUCCUCUGGAUCUGUUGACUUUAAUACAGAGUUUUCCCCUUUGGCCCAAAAUACUUGAUGGCAAAGAUGUUGGCAUUGGAAUGUCAACAAUGUUUGCACUGUAAUGCUAAAUGCUUGGCGAGAAUGGGAACAUUAAAUAGAUAAUACGGAUGGUUGAAGUACCGCAAAAUAAAUUGGAACACUGAAUUAUUGAAACACUUGUAAGUUAAGGUGCUGUAGAGCUACAUUGAUCUUUAUGGCUCGUCUGGCUAGCCCAGGAGAUUUGUUUAA